CGAGCCUUUCCCUUUCCUUGCACCCCCACAGAUCACACACCUGGUGUAUUCAACAUGGCGGACGGUAUUGACAGACGCGCUGAUGACCGGAUGGAGUUCAACACCUCGAAAGAGGUGACGGUUGCUCCCACCUUCGAGGACAUGCACCUGAAGGAGAGCCUCCUCCGUGGUAUCUACGCCUACGGCUACGAAUCCCCGUCUGCGGUCCAGUCCCGUGCCAUUGUCCAGAUCUGCAAAGGUCGCGAUACCAUCGCCCAGGCGCAAUCCGGUACCGGUAAGACCGCUACAUUCUCGAUCAGUAUCCUUCAGGUCAUCGACACGGUCGUUCGCGAGUCUCAAGCGCUCGUCCUGUCUCCCACUCGCGAACUUGCAACCCAGAUCCAGUCGGUCAUCAUGGCUCUCGGCGACUACAUGAACGUUCAAUGCCACGCGUGCAUCGGAGGAACAAAUAUCGGCGAGGACAUUCGGAAGCUCGACUACGGUCAACAUGUGCUGUCGGGUACUCCUGGCCGUGUGGCCGAUAUGAUCCGCAGACGUCAUCUGCGCACCCGUCACAUCAAGAUGCUUGUUCUGGAUGAAGCCGACGAGCUCCUCAACCGCGGAUUCCGCGAACAGAUUUACGACGUCUACCGCUACCUCCCCCCUGCCACGCAGGUCGUUGUCGUGUCCGCCACCCUCCCUUACGAUGUCCUCGACAUGACCACCAAGUUCAUGACCGACCCCGUGCGUGUCCUGGUCAAGCGUGACGAAUUGACUCUCGAAGGCAUCAAGCAGUACUUCAUCGCGGUCGAGAAGGAGGAAUGGAAGUUCGAUACCCUGUGCGAUCUGUACGACACUUUGACGAUUACCCAGGCCGUCAUCUUCUGCAACACCCGUCGCAAGGUCGACUGGCUCACCGACAAGAUGCGCGAGGCCAACUUCACCGUCUCCAGCAUGCACGGAGAGAUGCCCCAGAAGGAGCGUGACAGCAUUAUGCAGGACUUCCGCCAGGGUAACUCCCGUGUCCUUAUUUCUACCGACGUCUGGGCCCGUGGUAUCGACGUCCAGCAGGUGUCCCUGGUCAUCAACUACGACCUGCCCACCAACCGUGAGAACUACAUCCACCGUAUCGGUCGAAGCGGUCGUUUCGGCCGUAAGGGUGUUGCCAUCAACUUCGUCACCAGCGAUGACGUGCGCAUCCUCCGUGACAUUGAACUGUACUACUCCACUCAGAUCGACGAGAUGCCGAUGAACGUUGCCGACCUCCUGUCGUAAACACACCCACGCAUACUUGAUUAACUCUCGUCCAUCUCGAAAAGUUACCUUGUGGACCAUCUCCCUCGCACCUGGCCCCCGCAACACCUACACCAGGCCACCACCCACUCUUGUCACGAACCAGAACCAAUACCACAAAAUGGAAAGGAAUGGAAAGCAAUGGGGUUUUAAAUACCCUCCAGUGUAUGUGCAUGUGCAUCGGAGGCCAAGAAAAUAAAAAACCGCGUGGAGGAAAUGGGAAAAUUACCAAAUUGUGAUAUCCUCAUCCAUCACCCAUCAUACAGACAGACAGACAUACAUACACACAUACAUAUAUCUCCGGCGCUUUCUGCAGCCUGUCUAGGAUAUCGAUUGCGAUCUGAUCCUUUUUUUUUCUGCUUUCUU